CUAGGAUCAAAGACAUUAGCAAGAAAAAGGGAUGAGUUGGAAGUGCAAUAUGGACGACGUUAUAGUAGAGGAGAUAUGUAUCCUAUUGCUCAUAAAAAGAAGGAUGGAUCAUUUGUGAACGAAGAUGCUAGACAAAAAUAUGAACAAUUGCAUAAUGAAAUUCAGGAGACUUCUUCUGAGAAUGAGGCAUUCUUGAAAGUGUUUGGAAAGGAGCAUCCAGGAUAUGUUCGAGGCAUGGGACUUGGGGUUACUCCAACUCAAAUCAUUGGAUCAUAUUCUUCCUCUACGAGGUUUGGAUCUUCAUCAGAUGCGGCCACGAUAGCACAAUUGCGAUCUGAAGUUGAAGCACUUAAGGCACGAGUUGGUGAAGUUGAUGUUUUGAAGGAACAAUUAGCUUUCCUUAUGCAAAUUGUUAAAGGAAAUCAGGCAGCUGAAUUGGAAUCUCCAGCAGAUUUGAGACGUUCUUCUCAGUCUAGCCAUAUUCCUGAAGAUAAUGGAGGAUCAUCAUGAAGGACUAUUUAGAUAUUUGCUCCAAUUUCAGUUUGUUAGGAGCUUUUAGGACCAUCUUUAUAUUUUCGUUGUUUUUAUGUACCUAAGUUUCUUAAACUUAAGGAGCAUUUCUAUGUUUGAAAGAUGCAAAUCUAUUAUGCACUAAAUUUGGAUUU